GGAGCGCCUCUGCCUCCUAGUGAAUGCGGCCAACGGCCGCAGCAGCUGCUGAGGCUCUCCGUUCCCCAGACGUGCCUCCUGGGCAGGCGCCGCGAGUUCAGUACACAUCUCAGCCGCACUGAAGCCUCCUCUGCCUUUUCAAGCUCUACAUGCUACCCAACUAAAAGAAGAAAAUGGGCACGGGGGAUUUUAUCUGCAUUUCUAUGACCGGAGGGGCGCCCUGGGGGUUCAGACUGCAAGGUGGCAAGGAGCAGAAGCAGCCCUUACAAGUGGCUAAGAUCCGAAGCCAAAGCAAAGCCUCUGGGUCUGGGCUCUGUGAGGGAGAUGAAGUCGUCUCCAUCAAUGGCAACCCCUGUGCGGACCUCACCUACCCCCAAGUCAUCAAGCUCAUGGAGAGCAUAAGGGACUCUCUCCAAAUGCUUAUCAAAAGACCAUCCAGUGGAGUAAAUGAGAGUUCCAUCUCUGAAACGGAAAACAAAACCCCUGAGCAUCUCACCCAUGAGGGGCCCGUGGAAAGUACCAUCCUGCAAAUUCAACCAGCCACAAAGAACCAGAACAGAGAGCUGUACGUUGCCUCGGUCAGGAGUGGGGCUCCUCUAGCUGGGGACCAAGGGAGUGGUCCUGGUUUUUCUGGGAGCAUACAAGAAGAAACAGGCCUGAGCUACCAUGUCGCUCCCCAUAUGCCUGACUCCCAAACAGGACACUUAGCAGAGGAGAUCAUCUUAAGGGAGAAGCCAGAAGUCGGGCAGCCAGGCCCUGUGGUUGAACUACAACUGUCCCUUUCACAAGAGAGACACAAGGUCACGAAUGUCCCCGUGGUGGCUCUCCUGGGAGCUGAAAAAUCCAAGUCUCCUGACCCAGAUCCUCAUGUACAACACUGCGGAAUUGUCCACAUAAAUUCAGUCCCCACGAGGGAGAAAGGGGAGCCUUCUCUGAGGUCCAGCAAGAUAAUCCAGCUCUCCAGUGGCAAAGAGUUAAAAGUGACCCGGGGAUGUGAAGCAGGAGACGUGGGGCUGCCCCAAGUGGAAGUGAUACUCGACUGCUUGGACAGGCAGAAGACGGAAGAGUGCAGGCUUCAGGCAGGAAAGGGGUGUGUGGAUUCUCCAGUGGAAGGAGGGCAGUCAGAAGCACCUCCUUCUCUGGUAUCCUUUGCAGUCUCAUCAGAAGGCACAGAGCAGGGAGAAGAUCCACGCUCGGAAAGGGAUCACAGCAGACCUCACAAGCACCGAGCGCGCCACGCACGGCUCAGGAGGAGUGAAAGCCUAUCAGAAAAGCAGGUGAAAGAAGCGAAAUCUAAAUGCAAAAGCAUUGCGCUCCUUCUUACAGACGCCCCCAACCCCAACUCCAAGGGGGUGUUGAUGUUUAAGAAGCGCCGUAGGCGGGCCAAGAAGUACACCCUAGUCAGCUACGGCACUGGCGAACUUGAGCGCGAGGCCGACGAGGAGGAAGAAGGUGACAGAGAGGAUACUUGCGAAGUAGCAUUUCUGGGCACGAGCGAAUCGGAGGUGGAUGAAGAGUUAUCGUCUGACGUUGACGACAGCGCACAAGUGGUGAACUUUGACUGGGAUUCGGGACUCGUGGACAUCGAAAAGAAGCUGAACAGAGGGGACAAGAUGGAGAUGUUGCCGGACACCUCAGGCAAGGGCGCCCUCAUGUUUGCCAAGAGGAGGGAGCGAAUGGAUCAGAUCGCGGCCCAAAAAGAGGAGGAGAGGGUGGGGGGAAUGCCCGGCAGAGAACCCGAAGCUGCGCAGACGGACGGCCUGAGAACCGUGGCUUCCUACCAAAGGAAGGAGGAAGAAUCGGUCCGAACGCAGAGCUCCGUGAGCAGAAGCUACAUCGAGGUGAGCCACGGUCACGGCCACGUGCCCCAACAGAACGGCUUCAGUGGGGCGUGUGAAACCGCAGACGCACCGAGGAUGAUCCCUAUGAACAGAACAGCCAAACCCUUCCCGGGGUCUGCGAACCAGCUCGCGACCCCCUUCUCCCCAACCCGGAACGUGGCCAGUCCCAUGGCGGACUUCCCGGCGCCUCCGCCCUAUUCCGCGGUCACGCCUCCGCCUGAAGCCUUCUCCAGAGCCGUGUCGAGUCCCCUAGCGGGCCCCGCGCAGCCUCCUCCGUGGCCCCAGCCCGCCCCGUGGGCCCAGCCGGCCUUCUACGACGCCUCGGAGCGCCUAGCUUCCCGGGAUGAAAGGAUCGCGGUGCCGGCCAAGAGAACAGGGAUACUGCAGGAGGCCAAAAGGAGAAGCACGACGAAGCCCAUGUUCACCUUCAAAGAGCCCAAAGUAAGCCCAAAUCCCGAACUCUUGUCCCUUCUUCAAAAUUCGGAGGGCAAAAAGGGCACGGGAGCUGGAGGCGAUUCCGGACCCGAAGAAGACUACCUCAGUUUAGGGGCCGAGGCCUGUAAUUUCAUGCAGAGCUCCUCUGCGAAACAAAAGACUCCGCCUCCGGUGGCUCCGAAGCCCGCAGUCAAGUCCUCGCCCUCCCAACCGGUAACUCCAGUCUCUCCGGUCUGGUCCCCAGGAGCGGCUCCAACCCAACCUCCUGCCUUCCCCGCGUCCAGCCCGUCGCAGGGCACCGUUGUGUCCUCCAUCAAAAUAGCCCAGCCUUCCUACGCUCCGGCUCGGCCCGCGAGUGCUCUGACCCUGGCCGGUCCCUUCAAAGGACCACAAGCAGCGGUAGCCAGUCCCAACUACACACCCAAGCCAGCGGCUCCCACACCACCAGUAAACGCUGCUCACGCUGCUGCAGCAGGACCAUCUAAUGAGCUUCCAGGAAUGAGUGGGAAAGGAGCCCAGCUCUUUGCUAAGAGGCAGUCGAGGAUGGAGAAGUACGUGGUGGAUUCAGACACGGUGCAGGCCCAUGCCGCUCGCGCCCAGUCUCCCACUCCGUCUCUACCGGCCGGCUGGAAGUACUCCUCCAACGUCCGAGCCCCUCCUCCUGUGGCCUACAAUCCGAUCCACUCCCCCUCCUACCCUCUGGCCGCUCUCAAGUCUCAGCCAUCAGCCCCACAGACGUCCAAGACAAGCAAGAAAAAGGGCAAAAAACCCCUCAAUGCUUUGGAUGUCAUGAAGCACCAACCGUAUCAGCUAAACGCAUCCUUGUUUACUUUCCAACCUCCAGAUGCGAAGGAUGGCCUCCCCCAAAAGUCAUCCGCCAAGGUCAGCCCGGUGCCGGGCAUGAAGCAAGCUCUCCCUCCCCGGCCUGUGAACCCUGGCUCGCCCACUACUGCGCAGGCGUCUUCCGUGUACUCGGCGCCGGCAUACAGCUCUCAGCCCGCCUUCUUUGCAGAGGCAGCCUCACCCAUCAGCGCGUCCCCAGUGCCCGUGGGCAUUCCCGCCUCCCCGAAGCAAGAAUCAGCCUCUGCGUCUUACUUUGUGGCGCCGAGGCCGAAGUUCUCAGCCAAGAAAAGUGGUGUCCCAGUUCAGAUUGGACACUCCCUUUCUCUUCCUGGAAGACCAGCCCCACCCACUAUCUCCACAACAUCUCCUUGGGUAUUCCAGCCUGCUUAUAACUACUCUAGCAAACCAAGUGAUGAGCUAGAGAAGGCAAACAAGAGACUAACUCCUUGGGAAGCAGCAACGAAGUCUCCUCUGGGUCUAGUGGAUGAUGCGUUUAAACCCAGAAACAUCCAGGAAUCCAUUGUGGCAAAUGUAGUCUCAGCAGCUAGGAGGAAGGUGCUUCCAGGGUGCUCAGAGGAUUGGAAUGAGAGACUGUCCUAUGUUCCUCAGGCCCAGAAGGCCAAUGUGAGCUCAUUUGCAAGGCAAGAGUAUAAUGUUGCAUCUUUACCUAAUAAUAAUAUGUCUACCAACUCCCAGUAUGGUUCACAGUUGCCAUACGCAUAUUAUAGGCAGCCUUCCAGAAAUGAUUCUGAAAUAAUGUCCAUGGAAACUAGGUCCGAUUACUGUCUUUCAACAGCUGAUUACAACUACAACCCACACCCAAGGGGAUGGAGACGCCAAACAUGAAUGUUAGAAAAACUGAUCAUGUGCCAUCUACAAUAGUCAUUGUUAAAAUGUUCCUUUGUAGGGCAUUUCACUUUUCCAGUAGAUUUUGAUUCACUUUUGGUCUUGGCUUAUUCUCAGAAGUCAUUUAUUUGAGUGUGUGUGUGCGCACACGUGACAGAUCUCUUUCUUAUCUGCUCAUGAUAGAGAAUUUCUUUGAGGAAAAAAUUCAUUUUCUGCAUUGAUGUGUUGGCACUUAUAUCUAAUUCAUAAUCUUAAUUCCAUUUAUUCCAUUAAUAUGAGGUAGUCUGAGCAACUAAACACUGCUCAUUUAAAGUGAAAUUAAGUAUUUUCUUCUAAGUGUCUUAGUCCAGGAAGGAAUUAAAGAAAUAUGAUGUGCUAAUUGUCAUUAGCAAUAAUAGCAAGGAAUAGAACAUGGGAGAAGUUUUCCAUGAAAGCAUGCCAUUGAACGAUAAUUAUAUAAAAAAGGAUUUCCUUGGUGUUAUUUUAAGCAUUUCUCUGAAACAUUAUCAAAAAUCCAAUGAAAUUCAGUUUUUUAGAAUUGAAAAUACAGGUGUUCUCAGAAAGAAAGAAAUAUUCGGCAGAAAGAUAAUUAUACAAUUCAGAAGGACUUUUGAGGCAAAUUGUGUAAUGUAUGGGGAAUAGAAAGAUUUAGGUAUAGAAUAUAUUUUUAAUCUAUUUAAAGCCAGCAGCCUGAGACAGGAAUAGAUUCUGGGUUCAGGUAUUCUCAUUUGUCAAAUGAGAAGAUCAGAUUAUUUAAUCUCUUAUAUCCUCAAUAGCUCUGAUAUUCUGAGAUUCUUUCAUUGGUAGAAUGACCUUUGGUGCAUUAUUCAUUUUUGUUGCUCAUGAUAUAAACGCAGGGUUAAUUUAGGAGUGGGUUAGGUCAUCAGUGUCACUACAUGUAUAAUUAAAGGUCCAAAAGGAAUUGUUGGGAGACAGGUUUUGUGCUAUGUGUUACAUGAAGGGAGGGUUGAUGUGGAGAAAAAUAAAACUGUUAAUGGAUUUAAGGAAGUGGUAGAUGAAUGUGUCUGUUAUUAUGCAGCUGUAAGUCAUGACCAUUUAUUUAGUUACAGAAAACAAAGCCAUCAUUAGGAUGUUCAAAGGAAGCUGAACAGAUGCUUGGUCAAUUUCAUGACCCAUGCCUUGUUAGCACGACCAUGAGACAAUCAUGCUCCUUACUACUGUACCCACAAAGUACUCAGUACAAGAAAAUUCAAAGCAUUUAACAUCAUAAAUAAGAACUGAGAGCAUCUUAAAAAAAACAUUUUGAGUAUUCAAAACUUUCUUAGAUGUUUAAUGUGACUCUUUUGCUCUGUUUUACUCUGUAACUCUUGAAUUUAUCAUUAUAAUGAUAUCUUUCACAGAAUAAAACUUAAAAAAGAAAAAAAUUCCAGGGCCUAAAUGAUCCCUUAUCUUGGAAGUAGAAGAUCAAAAAUGUGAAGAAAUCCCAAGAAGUUCUCAUUGAUGGACCCAACCAGUUACUAAUAUUUAGUUAUAGAGAAAAGAAAAGAUAAAUACUUCUAAAGUUACAUUGUUAAAUUCCCUUAAAUUUAUAUACUCUUAAUUCUCUCAAAUUAUAAAAUAUAAACAUUGACUCCAAACACUUUCUAUGGAAUCUUAAAAAAUAAUGUCUUGUAUAUUGAUUAGUACGUCAGCAAAUUCUCAGGAAUCCCCUGCAUUAAAGUCUUACGUGCUUCAAACUUUACUAUAUUGCCUAAAUCAUUCUAGAUGCCAGUAUCAAGAUAAGGGUGAUUUAGCAGGAAAGACUGCCUGACAGGACCAGAUCCUAUUUUGUGGCUUUCUUUGAUAAAUGCUAGUAGUGGUUUUCCUUACUCCUAGGAUUUAAUAUACUCCAACUCUAGAAAUUGAUAUAUAUUAGAUUAUUCACUAAAACUUUCACUGGACUCAAAAUUUAAAAUGCAGAUAUUGUAAACUUAAAUAUUGUAAUAAUAAAACAGCCAUCUCCUUUGCAUUACUAGAUCAAAAUUAUCAUUCAUGUGAAGUUGUUUGAAUUGAUUCUAGACAUCAAGAGAAAGACAAUACAUGGCAGGAAAGUUGCACAUUUUUCACCCACAAAGAAAUGAACAUCUCACAGUUUUAUUAGAAAUUGAUGUUCUCAAAAGUCAUACAUUGCAGAUAUAAUUUGAAAAGCAGGAGUGCCAACGUCAAUCAUCACAAAACAUAUUGAGGAUAUAGAAUCUCCAGUUUACUUAAAAAUGAGCAAAGUUAGAUUGUUUGCAUUCAAGCUACUGUUUGAGACAGGAGACUUGUCACGCUGAGAUCUGAUUUCUAUGGGUGAGAAUACCUUAUAUCUGUAAGAUAAAAUCAGCAUUUUUAGAAGGACUGUUGCUUGUAAAUAUAUCCCACAUUCGUGAAGACUUUUUUCUACUAGUAGCAAUCACAUAGGUAGACAGAGUUCCUGUUUCACCGUGGAUUAAAAAGCAUGCCCUAAAAUGUUACAGUAUGCCAGUCACAGGGACACUAAUUUGUCACCUUUCCUCCAUCUUGAGUUUAAAUAUCACAUCAUUACAUGUGUGUGAAGUGUCCCCUGUUAAAAUGAUGUAGAGUUGGAAUUUUAAGUUUUAUAAAUGCAUGGAUUCUAGUCCAUUUAUUUCUGAAUAUGUUUCUUUUAUGUUUUGGCACCAUCACUCACAUUGGAAAGGGCCACCUUAUUAGGGCUCAAGCAUAUAUAUGUAUUAAUGAAUUGGAACUUUGGAUAAAAGACUGUAUUAGAUAGGCUCAGUUAUUAUAAUUAGAGAGGAAUUGUAGAAAUGUUUGUUUUUUAAGAGAAAGUAGAUUUUCACAUUUGAUUUCUGUUCAAAGUAGAAGUAUUUACUCUGGCCACACUUUUCUAUUAAAAAUGACUAUGUUCUCCUGCUAGUUAGGUUGACAUUUCUGACUGUGUUUAUCCCAAAAGUUUGUAUUUGAAAGAUGCAUAUUAAAAACCAAAUUUGUAUUAGUAAUAAAAAGUAACUUGGAAAUCAACUUAAA